AUGGACGACGUCACGAAAGAUCAUCUUCUCGAGUUGAUCGCCGGUAUUUGGUCGAAGCCGGAAGAGCUUACACUUGUUCAUGUUUCUUGCAAGACUACGCUAGUCGCUGUGGUGGAAGCUCUUCUGCAAUUCAAGGAGGGGUUGCAGCUUUUCGGUUUGGAUGAAAACGACCAGCAGCAAAUCAAAAUGUGCAAAGGAAAGGUUCAGAAAACCUUCGCCCUUUUCCAGCUCAAAGUGUACAAAGCUCAAAUUUGCCUGAGGAUGGAGACCUACGACUCGCAGAAAUUAGAGCCUGGUUGUAAUCUCGUGCUUGGAAUCGGCUACUGGUCGCCAAAACUCAAUGGCAAGUUUCAUCGAGUCGAGACACUAGAAAUGGAACAUUUGAUGCCCGACAUUGGAAAUAAUCUAGGCCGUCUGAAAGUGCACAACUUUAAUAUCGCGAAGCGCGAGAUUGAGGGUGAGGAGACCUAUGAUGUGCUUGCUCCAGCGAGUGAAACGCCCCUUCCAGUAAAACUCUACUUCACGACUAAUUUGGAAGAGAAGAUUGGAAAAAUCAAUGAGCUUUUGAAGGAAGUCUUGUUUGAUGACAAGCCGAUCGUUAUUCUAUUCCGGUUUACUCGCUCGUAUGAUAAGGUCAAGAUGCUGCUGAAAAAUACACAUUCAAAUGUAGUGUUAAUCAAACAUAAUGAAAGCCGGCUACUGGACAUCAUCACAUUUCUUGGCGAUCUUCUCCCAAAGCAUAUCGUUAUUUUCGAUACGGAUAUGAAUUUGCUUCGAAUUGUUGCUUACUACAAAUCACGUAUGACUGGAUUUCCUGUAUAUUGCUAUACGAUCACCCAUGAACAAUCGUACGAGACUUCCUUUUUGAAGAAACAGAAGGCAGCCGAAAAGAAGAACUCUGCAAAUUUUACGAAGACGAUACGUCGCGGUGAAGAUCUGAACUAUACAGUCAUUUAUUACGAUACUGAAACUACUGGGAGGGCGAGAGACUGUUCUAUCUGUGAGAUCGCUUGCUGGGCUCAAGAGCUCAACAAGUUUGAAUGUCCGAGUGUUUACAAUCAAAACCAUCGAGGGCCAAAUGUAUUCUAUGAGCUCAUGGUUCCUGAUAGAAAAUUCAGUGCAGGGGCCUCAAAAGUAAACGGGAUAAAAAGGGAGGGAAAGACAGGACUCAAAGUCAGAGGGAAAGUUCACAAACACGUCCAAUCCGCGAACAAAGCGAUGGGCAAGCUUUGCGAAUGGCUCGAGGGUUUCUCAAAGAAAGUCGUUCUCGUGGCUCAUUUCGGAACAGGUUACGAUCAUCCGAUUCUCAUCCGUCAAAUGGCGCGAGCAGGCUUGGCAGAGCGCUUCAAGAACUCGAUAUAUGGGUUCUCAGAUACGAUGAUUCCGCUGAAGCGAACAAUGCCAAAGCAAAAAUUAAAGUUGACUGUGCUUGGUGAAGAGUUUAUUCCAGGUUGGAAUAUGUACGAAGGAAAAGCACAUUCAGCCCUAUUCGAUGUUUGGUGCAUGUUGAUGGUGUUCAGGAUGCAAGGAGUUUUGUUUUCUCCCUACGACUUCACGAAGAAAGUGGUCUUCAUCGGUAAACUAGAAAACGACACAUCCGUCCUUCCAGCUGGACAUAAAGCGCUGGUCGAUAACGGAGUGAUUUCAUUCGACAUCGCUUCGAAGAUUUGCGAAGUGCCAACCCAAGAAAUCAUUAAACUUUCAAGAACGAGCACAUUACAGAAAUUAACAGAACUUCUGCAUCCCCUUGUAAUUAGAAUUUCAACUGCCAAUGAGAUCUCAUCGAAGAUUCGAGAGUAUUACCUCAACAAUGACUGA